AUGUAUCGCACGUUGAGAGACAAAGAACUUGUAGAACUGCAUCCAUCCAUGUUCAGUGGGACAUUCCUCGGCAGAAAUCCACUAGUCAACGCAGCCAAGGAUGAAGCCAAAGAAGCCUCUCCGAAUAUUGACCCAAAGUCGAAGCAUCCAGCUGUAAAUAUACAGCACGAUGAUAAGCCUGAUAUCAUACCUCAACAUCAUGCUCCAGACCAAUCAUGCCACCAUCUAUACAAAGCAUUGUGUAAGAAAUUUAUCAUCCCCUUUAAGCAUGAUGAAAGACUGGAGAUCGGAACACCCAUUAAGAAGGAACUCUUGGAAGCAAUAGAGAAGUCAAGAAUGGCCGUCAUCAUUAUUUCAAAAGAGUAUGCAUCGUCCACGUGGUGCUUGGAAGAACUUGCAGAGAUUGUUGAAUGCAUGAAAGAUAGAGAGUUGAAAGUUUUGCCCAUUUUCUAUUAUGUAGAUCCUCGUGAUGUGGGGAAACCUGAUGAAACCUUUAGAGAUGCCUUUGCUGAACACGAGGAAAAUAUUGAGAACAAAGAUAAGGUGCAAACUUGGAGAAAUGCUUUGAAAAAAGUGGCCAAUCUCUCUGGAUUCCAUUUAAAGAGCGGGUAG